GUUCGCCCGGGUAGCUUGUUUGUUUACGUUUUUGCUCGGUACUGCGUGUGCCGCUAAAACCCGCACAAUUGUGAUUUUACCGACAAGUUGUACAAUUCCUGCCGCUAAAUUUGUGUAGUGAAGUGGUUCCGAUCAGUGUAUCAUCAUGGUUUCGAAAACCGAUAGCUUCGGGUUCAACGAGACGAAGAUGUUUCAAGUGGCCCGUGACUGUUCGCCGGAUGACCAUAAACAUACGCAGAAUCUGGUGGAAUCGAAGGAUGAUAUGCUGUACGUUUGGAAUGCGAAGAACUGUUGCAUCCUGGUGCUGAACUGGCGAGCCGCCGCAUCCCGCAAGCAGGACGAAUUGAAACAUCAGACGCUGAUUCCAUCGGCACCGCAAAACUUCACGGUGGAAAAGAUACUUCCGUCCACGGACGGGACCUUUCUAGCGCUGGCCGGUCCGAAGGGUGUCUCCAUCAUCGAAUUGCCCCGGCGCUGGGGCCCCAGCGGUCAGUACCAGAACGGGAAGGAGUGCAUCAUCUGUCGUGCCUACAACCUCGACGAGCAUCUAUUUACCGAAAGUGCAACGCUCGAGCUUCUGCAGAUCCGCUGGCAUCCGGCAUCUCCGACGGAUUCACACUUGCUCACUCUCCUGUCGGACAAUUCGAUAAGGGUGUACGAUGUGGACUCGCUGCGGCAUGUAUGGCGCAUUGGACCGACACCAACACCGCAACCCGUCGUCAUCGGUAGUGGCAGCGGCGUUGGAGGCGGCAGUAAACACGGUUCUUCGGCCAGUUUUGUCGGAUCGCCGGGAACGGCUGUCGCCUCGCCGGGAGUCACUUCGAAGCUUGCCUAUCUUAACAGUCUGGGCGAUACGGCUGUUGAUUUUGACAUCGCACCGCCACGUGUGGUUUCUUCCGCCACCGGUGGAAGUGGCUCCGUCGGCGCCGAUACAACGUUCUCACCGACGACGACCCUGUCAACGACGUCGUCAACGGUCACCGCAACGAAGCCGGCCAUUGCUCCAAAGGAAGGCACCCUCAUGAAUGACUCGGUAAUCGCGCAGAAGAAUAAAAAGGCACCACCGACUGCCGGUGCCGGUGGGACCAAAGUGGAGUGGCCAAUAGUGAUUCUGCGGGGCGAUGGCAAUGUCUAUGUACUUUGCGCCGGCAUCGACACCAAUCGACCCAAGCUGCAGGGACCGAUUUCGAUUCAGCCGCAGGUGGACGAUAACUAUGGGCUGGAUUCGUGUUCGCUCAUCGUCAUCCCGACACUGCCACCGACAGUCAUCAUUGCCGAGAGCACGGGCAAAACGCAUCAUGCACUUUUCCUCGAGGAGUCCUGUCCCCUGGAGCGAUCCCUCACGUCCGAGCAGCUGGCAGACAGCAAUCUUACCCUGCACCCGUGCGAGUGGUACCUGCACGUGCUGGAAACGGUCGAGCUGGAGCUGGGGCUGCCGAGCGUGGAGGAAACGAAGGAGGCCAAGUCCUACUCCUGUCCGCUGCAUCUCAAGCGCGACCCGCUAAAUGAGGCACGCUACUUUGCCUACCACAAUGCCGGUCUGCACGCCGUCACACUGGAUUUCACUCGUCCGCUGCACGAGUUCGUCCAGCAGGAAGGGACGGACGAGCUGGUGGAGAAGUAUCCCCUCUUCAACUCACACAGCCGGGCGGAAUACGUCGUUUGCACGAAGGCACUGCAAAAUGCCAACACCAACGCAGUGCUCGGCUUUACGCUGCUCCAGUCCCCUUCCGGGUUGGUUUUGUUCCUCGCUUCCGGGCAGGUGGUAUCGCUGGAUCUGAUUACCGAUCACAGUUUGAUUCGAAAGUGGCCCCUGUCGGGCUCGACCAAAAAGGCCGGCAAUUCCGAAUCGCCCAUCAAAAACAUGCUGAAAGACUCAUUCCAGAAGCGCAUUCAAUCGAUACUGCGGUCGGGCCUCACCCAACCGAUCCUGAAGCUGGACCAAACCACUGAACCAACACCGCAGGAAGCGUUCGAACUGCUGACCCAAGCGACACGGAUGCUCCGGGAGAACUAUUUCGUACGGCAUGACAAGGCCCGCCAGGAGAUUGAGAAGCGUGAGCACGUACUAAAGCUGCUCAAACAGCAGCAGCUCAACGACAUCGAGGAACUGCAGGCGGAGAAGCAAAAAAUUCGCGCCACCGCCGAACGUCUCGCCGAAACCUAUGAAGAUUUGUGCGACAAGCAAAACUCCCUCUUCAAGCGGGCUCAAGAGGUGGUGCGUCUUGCAACGUUGCGACUACCAAAGGGAUCGUUCUCCGAGAAGCAGUUUACCGAAAGGAUCGAAAAGAUCCACCAAUCGGUAAAGAUGCUGCAGAAAAACGUUGACCAAGCCAAACAGAAGAUCACCACGCAGCAGAUGGAGCUGGAAAUGAAGAAGAAAACUGCCAAGGAGAAAACGUUCACACUGCCCGUCAAGCAGGAGGACAUCAUCAAGCAGAUCAUUGGAGAAAUGUACACACAGAUCGAUUCGAACGUGAAGGACGUCAAAAAGAUGAACAACAUUCUUAAUCUCACCUGAGCUGAUUGUACAUUUGUUUUACUUUUCUUACGUUUAAUGCUUUUCCUGUUUUAUCUAUGAAUUAUUCAUUUCCGUACGAAUAAAGCGCGAUUCAUGUUUCGCAACCGAACUUUUCACCACAUUA